UCAAGUUCACUUCCUGAAACUACUUUCUCACUAUUACUGAGCAAACCUCAAUCUUCAUAUCUUCACAUCACCACUUGGCAGAUGACAAUGGAGUACCAGAACAUUUCUAACAGCUCUCUGUCUGCCCAUACUUCAAUGAUAGCAUCCAGCACUGUUCUGGGAUUGUGCUGUGCUCUGGGUGUACCAGGUAAUAUAGCAGGGCUGUUCAUGCUCACCCAACAUUUAAAGGAGGGCAGUUUUACCCCCAAACUGAUGCUGAGUCUGGCUGUCUCGGAUCUAUUGAGUCUGAUUUCUCUGCCUGUGUGGAUCUAUGCCCUACUGAAUGGCUGGGUUUUUGGUCACAGUCUUUGUAAGUUAAUUUCUUAUGUAGUUUACUGGAGCCUCUACAGUAGUGUGCUUUCUGUCACCUUGUUGAGUGUGCAAAGGUACCUCCAGGUGCUGUAUCCACAGAGAUGGGCAAAACUUGGACAGAAGGGCCAAAAGGGGCUGAUUUUUGGGAUAUGGACAUCCAGUGGAGCUCUGGGUUCUUAUGCUCUUUAUUUCCGAAAUGUGAAGAAGAAGAAGGACAGGCUUUUACACUGUUAUCAGGAUUAUACAAAUAAACAAGAACAAGUAGCUGUCUUACUUGUAGAGACUCUAGUGAUGUUUGUUGUUCCUCUCUUCAGCCUGUUGUUCUUCUACCUUCGACUUCAUCAACGGAUAAGACAGUCAGCUUCCAUCAAAAGCCACAGGCUGACAAAACUGGCCGUCAGAGUCGUAAUGGCCUUCUUCAUAUUCAGCACCCCCUGUAUGGUCAACAACUUGGUCUUAAUGGCAUUGUCAUGGGAAUCAGAUGUCAGCAAUAAUGUUACUGGGGCUCUUUUCUUCAUCAACAGUUGUGUGAACCCCUUUCUGUACGCCUUCUCGGCCCGUACACUGCGAUGCAGAAGAAAACAGCAUUCAGACGAGCAACAACAACAUCAAAAUAAAACUGAAAAUGGUAACGAAAGUGGUCAUGCUGAGGCAGGUAGACCACACUUGGUUUUCUGACUGCAGCUUUUAAAGAGAGAUGACCUUUCUGAACAAACAAUAAAGGAAAUUCAACCUCUUCACAAAGAAAAAGGAUGCCAACAAAGACUUAUUUUGUUGUAAUUUGUUGUUUGAAUUGAAGUCUAAAUGAAAGUGGUUGUACAACAACAUGGUUGUGUAUGCAGACAUAUUUUUUAAAGUUGUAAAAAAAUGAUUUUCGGAGUAAUUUUACAAUAAAGCACUGUUUCAGACUUUCUAUUUAAAUAUUCACAAGUUCAAUGGGUUGCUUGCUGUUUCUUUGUCAGUUUAUUUUGUGAAAUUUACUGUUAUACUACUAAAUUUACUAAUUGGUAGUUUAAUGAGGAAAGUUUUUUAAUUGUAUUAUUUACAUAUCUGCUGGUCAGAAAUUUUUUUUAUUAGUACUUCAGUUUUUUUACCUUUUACAUUUUUGCUGUUUUACAAAUUGAUUAAAUUCUGUUAAAAAUACCACAAUAGAUAUUGGGUCCGAUGAACUGCGUCUUUUUCUUGAACAAUAUAGGCCGCUGUUGCAAAUUUCC